CAGGGAAGGGCAGAGUUCUGCCUGGGGAAAGGCAGCCGGGAGUGUUGGGCCGGAGCUCAGGGCAGCUGCCAGCGCCGUCUCACACGGUGGGACAGCGCUGGGAGCGAGGGGCUGCUGCUCCAGCCUCCUUCCUGUGUGCUCCAGGGCAGCACGGGGCAGGUUAUUGCUGCUGCUGCCCAUCACGAAGUGUGAGGACCUGGAAUGAAGAGAAGCUGUGGAAAAUGUUUUGUUUAGAUUUAAAUUUUGUUGCAUUUUCCUCUUGCGUUUCUGUUCUCGUUAAAAAUAAAUGCGAGGAAAGUGCCAAGAAGUAGACUUUGUUCUGUUAAGAGCUGGAAUUGUUUCUGUGAAAGGAGGGGUGACGGUCAUGCUUCUGGAAGAGGUAUUGUCAAGCUUAUUUACUCAGUGGAAAGAGGAUAUGUUCUAGAUGUGUUCUGGCAAUAAUAGCAGUAAUCCAUCAGAAAAGAGCAGACUAUUGCAAACUAAACAACUAAACCAACAAGUGUGCUUGUUUACCUCAUCUGCUGAACAGUCAUUUGGUAGAAAGGCCCAGGAGUUUUAAUACCUGCCCUCCAUAGCUGAAAUAGGAUUUUUUAAAAACAAAUGGUAAUGAAAUUAAACUUAGGCUGGGUUUGAGACUGUAGCUCUUGAGCUGUCAUUUUAUGGAAGGCAACACUUUAGGGUGUAGUCUGCGUGGUAGGAAUGAUGGCCUGCUGGGCAAAGCUGGGGCUAGGAAUCAUCAGACUGAUGGUCUUGUCCCUGUCAUUUAUCUUCUGUGAGUCCUCAAGUAGCUGAACUCAAACCUCAGUUUCCCCUCUGUAAGUGAGGUUUAUUAUAUUUCUCUGCUUUUCUCAGGGUGGUGAGGAUAAAGUGCAGUGAGAGAUUGCAAGGCACUAGGAAUUGUUGUGUGCAUUAAAGACUUAAGUGGGGCUUAGUUGAGUCAUCUUUGUGGUUCAGAUUUGACUUCAGGAGGAUGCUUGGUGGAAGAGAAUGGAUGAGAAGAACAACCGUCUAGUCUGGAAUGAGUGCGGAAGCCUUUGUGAUAAUGCUUUUAUCCUAGCCAAAUUCAACAACAGGUUUCUCUCUCUCUUUAACCAGUCCUGUUUUACAUUUUAUAUUGCAAUGGUUGCUAUGCUCUUCUCUGUGAACAGCCCCUUUAUUAACAGAGCUCCUCAUCCUCCAUCUAGAUGUGGAGUGAGUCUAACAGUACCUGUGCUGAUGCCUGUGUGCCGAGGGUGUUCUCCUGUGUUAUUCGUCCCAAGCUUUUCAUGCUGCUUUCUCCUCUAAAAUAGAAAUGACACAGUGCUGUGGGCAAGUGUUGCAUGCUGUUGCCUCUCAGGCAUCAAGCAAGAUGAUGAUCCUGAGUCAUUGCUGUAGAGCAGAACUGUUCCUUACAUGCCCUGAGCUUUCCAGCUGUCCUGAGGAAUCACAUUGUGCAAUCAAUUUAAGCACUGGUGGAGCAGGAACCAACUGAAAAUGUCUCAGAAUCCUGACAAGCUAAAUUCGAGUGAAGAAAAGUUGAGUGGUUUGGAGGAUGAUGAGGAAGAGAACUUGGAGAACUCGGAUCAGUCUGUCCGAAAAAGAAUACGACAGAGUGCUCCAGGGUCACACAGAGAUGAUACACCAAAGUCCAGUCCCUCUCGGCCUGUGUCCUUAGAAGAGCUCAUGGAGACAGCAAAGGGAGUCACCAACAUGGCACUGGCACAUGAAAUUGUGGUGAACGGAGACUUCCAGAUAAAACCAGCUGAAUUGCCAGAACACAGCUUAGAGAAGAAAGUCAGAGAUAUUGUGCAUAAAGCUUUCUGGGAUUGUCUGGAAGCUCAGCUGAAGGAAGACCCCCCGACCUAUGAUCAUGCAAUUAAGCUAUUGGGAGAAAUUAAAGAGAGUCUUCUGUCUUUCUUAUUGCCUGGUCAUACUAGACUGAGAAGCCAGAUUACAGAAGUUCUUGACCUGGAUUUGAUAAAACAGGAGGCAGAGAAUGGGGCCCUUGACAUUUCUAAGUUGGUCAAAUUUGUUAUUGGGAUGAUGGGGACUCUCUGUGCUCCAGCUCGAGAUGAAGACAUUAAGAAACUGAAAGAUAUUAAUGAAAUAGUUCCUCUUUUCAGAGCAAUUUUCUCUGUAUUAGACCUAAUGAAAAUGGAUAUGGCAAACUUCGCUGUCAGUAGUAUUAGGCCAAAAUUAAUGCAGCAGUCUGCUGAAUAUGAAAGAAAGAAGUUUCAGGAGUUUCUUGAGAAACAGCCAAAUUCUUUAGACCUUGUCACCAAGUGGUUGCAAGAAGCAGCAGAUGAUCUUGCAAAGCUGGGACAUGAAAUGCUGCCUCCCCACUGUAGUGAUGCCACUGGUGGAGCUUCUGCCUUGUGCUUCACUGCUGUACAAAAUCAGGCCUAUCUGAAGCUUCUGAAGUGGGAUCACGUGAACAGGCCUUUUCCAGAAACGCUGCUCAUGGACCAGACACGCUUCCUGGAGAUGCAGCUGGAGCUGGAGCAGCUCCUGGUGGUGGGGACAGUGCUGCUGGUGACCUUCAGUGCAGCAGGCCCAGCUCUCAUCGAUGUGCCUGGAUUCACCGAGAGGAUCAAAACCAUCGUCAGGGUGCUGCUGACGGGAAUGCAUCUCCCCUCCUUUAACCUGAAGGAAUCCCUGGCCACCGUGGGCGAGAAGGUGUGUGCUGAAGUGAACAGCUGCCUUUCCCAGCAUGGCUUCACCCCGUUCUCAGCUGAGAGGGAGGCUGUGCUGAAGGGACAGAUCCAGGCAGUGGCCAGCCCGGAGAACUCCAUCUGCAAGCUCAUAGAUUCUCGAAUUCAAAAGUUUCUGGAGAAUUAUCUUGCAUCCAGUCACCAGAAAUCAUUGCCUGCCAUUCCUGGAGGAUUAGGCCCCAUUCAGAGGGAGCUGGAGGAGAUUGCUGCCAAGUACAUUCGUCUUGUCAACUACAACAGAAUGGUCUUCAGCCCUUACUAUGAUGCAGUCCUUGGCAAAAUACUGACUAAGGAAGAAUCCCAAAUUGUAGGGAAGUCAGAAGAAUCAUAAAAAAACCCAGUUUGUGUGCUACCAAUACAGUAUUGUCAGCUAUUAAAUAAAACUUGUACCAAUAUUUGUCUAGGAAAACAGCUUUCCGUGUAAAUACUGGUUCCUUUUAACCCUUGAGUGCUGACUGAUGACAGAAAUAGAGGAGAUGCAGAAAAGGUUCUGAGGUAAAAGAUGAGAGAUGAAUUUCUAAUAUAAUUAUGCAACCUGGGGAAGGGGAUAUCAUGGGAGUCUUCUGGUGGCAAUUUUUAGAUUUUUGAGCUGGUGAUAGGUAGGGCAAGUUUAAGAACCAAACUUUGUAUUUAAGUGGCUCAUUUCAGGGCAUUUAACUCCUAAUUUACAGUGAACAUAGUUUAAUUUAUCCAGAGCGGAUUAGCAAUGGUUCUUCCCAGAAGGGGUGUUUUGGUUUUUUAAUAAAAAAAAUCUUACUUUAAAGAAUUAAUAAAGCUAAAAUUCUAAAGAAGAACUUUACCAGACAAAACACCAAGCCAAGCAGCACUUUACUGUAACAUUAUGGUGAGUAUGAUAGGCUUACUAGUUUUUUCUGUAUUUUACUGCAUUUUUAAUAGCAUUUUUUUGCUGUUUAACUGCAGAUGUUGCAAAACAUAAUCUAUUUUUGUAGCAAUUUUUCUGGUUAUUGGGUAACUGUCCUCUGCUAUGUACAGUACUCCCAGAGGUGGCAAUCUUAUAGAUUGCAGCUGUAUUUAUAUCUUGUAAAGACUUCAGAAAGGGCAGAGCUAAAAUGUUUUUAUAAAGUGGCAUUUCUUACCUUUUUUUUUUUUUUUUUUUUGCUAGUAAUUUACUCCUUUUAGGUGAAAUACUAAUUUUAAAGUAAAUUCUCAUUUGCAGAAGGUGGAUUUAAAGUGUGUGAAACUUUAGGUUGAAAAUUUUGGGCUUUUUUAAAAACAACAACAGGGUUUGGUUGCAUAUUCAAUCAUGUCUUCAGAAAUAUGUGCAGAGCAUGGUGGGCUGUAUAAGUAAUUUCAAUGUACUGUGAGAGGUGAAUGGUUUGAUGUUAGUUUGAAUGUACAGGGAAUAUUUUAGUAGAUUUUUUUCACUUUCUAGAUGUGUUCUUGAAACUUAGAAUAUUUGUAGGUCUUGAAUUUCAUAAGCUACAUGUUGUAUAGAGAAGAGCCCAGUGAUCUUACAUUGCAAACUUAGGCUCAGCUGGGAGGUAAGUGAAAUUUUCCUCUGUUUGAGCACAACUGUGUUUUACAGUAAUCAAUAUUUGAUGGUUUUAUGAAAGCAAAGUUUGUAGUUACUCACAGUAAGUGGCCCAAGUAUGAGGCUGUCCAAACCAGAACGUGCUUGUCUUUAAAAAAAACAAGGUAUGUGAAAUAAAUAAAUGAAGGGCCCUUGUAUUGCCAACAGGCACGUUAAUUUAGGAAUCAGCCAAACAGAACUUGCAGAAACACUUGAUUAUGAUCCACUCUCAAUGCUUUCCUUUCCAGUUUCCUUUGAAUGUGAAUGUGGAUAAAACUGCACCAACUUUGGAAGGGGAUGGAAGAAAUAAGGCCUAUUUUUCUAUAUUAGCAACUUUAAACCAAAUCUUUUCUUGUUCAUUACAAAGCCCCUUCCCCAAGGGAAAAGCCCAGCAAAACCCUGUGAGAGUUCAUUAGCUCAGAUAAGUGAAAAUGUCUGUCUUUGAAUCCUUCUUUGAGAACUCAAAAAUGAGGUUGGUUAGCCAGAAAAAAAGGGUUCUGAGUAGGGUACCAGCUCCCUCAGCCUGUGCUGAAGGAGCCACCAGAGCCAAAACUGCUGGAAUUGGCACCAAGAGAGAUGGCCAAGGCACAGCUGUUUCCAGUUUUCUCAAAUGGGAGCUGCUGUUGUUUUAUGGUUCAGUCCUGCCCAGGAGCUGCCUUUAGAGGCACAGAGUUAGAUGAGGUACAGGAUGAGCUCGAGGGUGUGGGGAGGAACAUCAUGGUGAGACAGAAAAGCCCUUGGAAGGUGUGUGACUGAUGGCAGAGUGCAGGGCACUGCUUUAGCAGCGGAUAAAAUCCUAACUGAGGAGGUAGAUGGCUGCUCCCAGGGCUGGGAUUCAGGGCUCAGGGACCAGGAGUGCCUGCUCCUGACACGGCAGCAGGGACUGUGCUGCCAUCAUGAUGCUAUUGCUCACAGGGCCCACACAGGGAUCCCAGCUCUCCUCACAGGAUGGUUUGAUCCUAAGCAGAAAGAUCCUAGAAUGAGGGAACAGAGAGCAGUACUCACCUGUGGCUCCACUCUCACCUCCAGGGCCCUCACAGAAGGAACAAAUGCUCCUGGCACAGGUGCUGGGGGCCUUUCAACAGGAAAGAGCUAAAGGAACUGCAAUAAAUUCCCACAAGUGCAAGGUAAUGACUCUCCCAGGUUAUGCAUUUUAACGAGAGUGUUUGACAAACAGUUUCUCUACAUCCUCUCUAAAAGAAACGGGGAGCUGCAAUCGAGUGGCAAAGCAAGGAGGACAUUCCAGGAUGAGGCCAGCCCCAUCUCCAUGUGCAGGUGCUGCUUCCCCCUUGCCCUGGCAGAGAGGAGCCCUGGCUCAGGCAGCUGUGCUGGGGUGGGAAUGACUUUCAUUUGCCCCAGGCUCUGACUGUCCUGUGGUCCAAGGGGUUCUUAGGAUCUUAGCAGAGUCAAUCUUAUCACAGCCAAUUCCAAGUUAAAAGCUGGAGUAUGCAUAGAAACUGCUUGGAAAGCUCACAUAGUGUUUCUUUAGCUUGUUUGAAGAUAACACAAGUGCUGAUUACAAGCUGAUGUAGCUGAUUAUUAACAUUUAGCUUUGUACAUGUAUGUGGAAGAGCAGUGCAGGUAUCCAGGACCAGGCUGUGAGCCAGUGCUCCUGGACCACCCACACUCAACUGAGUUAGCCUUACAAUGCUGUCUUCUUCAAACAGCCCUGGAAUUACAAGCCAAAGUGUGCUGUAUCCUCUAGAAAAUGGAAAGCAAGCUCUGUUCUAAUAUGUAUGCUCUGAUCAAUUUCCUGUGAUGGUAUAAUUAGCGUUGCUUUUGAAGUGGCUGAGUAAUAUUUAAGAAGUACCUUGUUGUGUUUGAAUAAAACCAGAAUGAAGCAUGA